AGUACCGAGGGUCGUCUUCUCCCUCCCCUAUUCCUCUCCAACAGCCAGGUUUCCAUAGGUCUCUAAUACUCAUUUGAGCCCUAGGUUGGAGGGGCACCACCCUAAUGCCAAGUUCUGGGCCACAAGUACCCUCAGCGUGCCAUAUAUGAGUCCCUCUACCCCACUCAUAGCAUCUAUGUGACCUCUGACCCCUCCAGUGACCUCUGACCCCUCUGGUAGGGCCCCCUCCCUAGGGCUCCAUUUGCUCAUUGGAGUGGAGGGUAGCAAUGGAGGUGGGCAACCACUUCCAGACCUUUGAGGACUUCAGGGAGUGCUUCAAUGCCUACAAGAGGGAGAACAAAUGCACCUUCGGGCUGAGGAACUGCAUCUCCGUCCGCUUCCACAACCUCAACCAUGGCACCUCCAUCCGCGAGGACAUCACGUAUAUGCAGGUAAAAUUUGUUUGUACCCGGGCCCAAUCAUACAGAAAGCAGAAGCUGGAACCCAACAUGUGUCCAGCAUACUUAGUCCUGAAGUAUGAUGAGGAAUUGGACAGACUAUUUAUCAGUGAGCUGAACACCCAACACAUCCAUGUUGAAACCAAAACUGCUGCUGUCCCACCAGCUGGCUCUUCUCCUGGACAGAGAGCCUCAGAACUGUGUAGGAACUCCCAGGUCGAUACCUCUGACAAAUUUCAGUCAAAACUGUGGCAGAUGGAACCCAAGCAUGGGAAGACCACCUCUAAGGACACUGAGACAGCAAAGAAAUCCUUAGCUGAGCCCUCCUCUUUCCCCACCGAGAACCCUGUUCUUCCCGAACUGAGGCAAAAGGGCAUCACCCCUUUGGACCUGGCACAUGUGGCAGAAGUGAUGAAGAAUUUCCUAAAGGCAGACAUGGGCUCCAUGGCCUCUCUGAGUGUGGGCAGCAACCAAAACCUUGACCGAUUCAGCUUCCAGAGCAGCAAGAUGCAGGACCUUUUUGUUCGCUUCCCAGAGAACCUUUUGCUACACCGAGUUGAGAACAGCCAUGGUCAUGUGCUUUAUGCCUUCCUGGUGGAAAGCAAGGAGCGGGAGGGACGGGUGGUGCACUUUGCGGUGCUCAGGGAAGAGACAGCCUCCUCUGUCGCCAAGAUGCUGAGUGUCUUCACUGAGUUCAAUUCUGACUGGUCCAAGGUCAGGGUCAUCUUUGUAGAGCCAUCCUUCCAGCACCGAGAUGUGGUGCAGGAGCUGUUCCCCUUAGCGCGUGUGCUUCUCUCCAUCUACCACACAACCCGCCUCCUGGAGAAGAAGCUGCAGAGGAGCCGGGCCAGUCAGUCCUUCAAGCACCUGAUGAAGGAGGCCUUGCGGGAAGCAGUGUUUGUCGCCUCAGGCCCUGGCCUACAGAAACUCUCCAGGAUGGCAGAGACCCUCCUGGACAAGGACCUCUAUGACUACCUGCAGACCCACUGGUUCUCUUGUGAACUGCUUUGGUAUAUGCAUGCUCGCAAGGGUCUUCAUGCCUGUAGUACCUACAUGGACAGCCUUGACCUGGUUACAAGCCAAGUUUCUAGUCUCUUCAGAGAGCAGCAGUCCCUGGUGGGCUGCAUUUUGCGCUUUGUGGAUUAUGUUGACUUUUUCAACACCAAACGACCGAAGAACCCGCCCCAGCCUCUCCCUAGUGCGGGGAAGGCUAAGCCGAAGGGUUAUAUUCCUUUGAGACCCAAAGGAGCCACAGAUAGUUAUGUACCGAUCCUGUCCAAGACACCCAAGCUUCCUAAUGAAACCACCCCCCAGUGUCCUCAGCAGCAGCCACAGUCAGAGCCACAGAUGCAGCAGGCCGUUUGGGGUGACAUGCUAGAGGCCUUGCACAAGAAUGGCUCUGAGCUUGCCUACCAGCUCUGCCAUCGUGAGUGGGAGGUGGUGCAGAACUCCACUCAGCUGGUGGAAGCGGCUGGCUGUGCAGCAGAGGUGCAGUUGCUGGAAGACUCCCAUCAGGUUAGCAAGGAUGGGUGCACUUGCAGCUGUUCCUUCCAGCAGCAAUAUCACUUACCAUGCCGCCAUGUCCUUGCCAUGCUCCACACCAACAAGGAGCCCAUCGGGGAGGCCAUGGUGUGUAGGCGGUGGCAGAGGCGCUACCAGCACCUCCUUGGGCCCCACGGGGAGCUUCGGGACCCUGUCAAAGACUUGAACAUCAACCAGGCAUGGGAGGAGGGUAGAGGGGACGUGAUCCAAAGCCUCAGCAGGGAGCUGGCCAACCUGCUGAUGCAGAGUGAAGGGGCGGAGCUGGAGGAACGCUGUUCUACUUUGGGAAAGAUUGUGGACAUAUGGGCUGAGCCUUGUGAGCUGACAGAGAUUGAUCCGCAACAGGGAGGCUACAGCGAUGUAGGGCAUCUCCCUUUCCUCUGGGUGAAGCAGGAGGAAGCUGAGAGGCUUCCCCCUUUGGCAACCACAAUACUCCUAGACUGAGGCGCCCAAUAAAAAGCCAAAGACCUCUUUAGAAAGCAGAACAGGAGUGGGACUAGUACACACCAAAGCCUCUCCUUUCUUAUUUUGUUUUGUCCAUCUCGUCUCAUACCAGGCAGGGCUAAUGAUGAAUUGAGGGAUGAGAUCACGCUUUUGUCUUCAGUCGGUCAGUACCACUGGUAUGUCUGUGCCCUUAGACCUGUGACUAGAAGUUGGGCUGGCCCUUGGGAUUAGGAAAGGGCCUAAAUGCCCUAUUCCUUUUCUUGGCAUCCUUCUUGUCCCAAAGGUUCAGUGUAUUAAAAAAAGUUGUGUUCAUGUUGAGGGAUCUCUUACAUAGGUCAAUUUCUACCCACUCUGAGGCUGGGACUUCCCUUCUCCAGAAUAGACUAGUCAGGACCUAGCAAGGGAGCUACUCAGGAAAGAAGGGAGAAAAGGUAGUUUCUGGAUGUUGCUGCUAUACACAGAGAUUCUGUCACUAUACCCGU